UCUGCACGGGCGGAUUGGGUCAGAACCCGACCUUGACCCCCCAGGCGGCACUUGCGGGUGACUGCCGCGAGUAGGGGAUCUCGUGGACUGUGAGCUGAGAUUCGUCUUGCUUGUCGUUCCCUUCUUUAAGCGGUCGGGCACAUAGCCCCUCACCCAUGGUCUGAGAGCCUUGUGCCACUGGAGCGAGGUCUUUGUCGCUCACGUUGCUCUGCAAGGAUGGCGCAGCAUGAGUAGCGGACCCAGGACAGACCGGUUUGACCCCUUGACUUGAGGUCGUGGGUGACACAUCGGAAGACUUUGCGGCAGACCUCAGUGCUUGUUUUCCUGCCUCCCUUUGCAGAGUUCUGUCUACAACCAGCUGAGGGUCCUGCCACAGAGCAUGAGAGCAUGGCGGCUACAGGAGCUGAAGCAAAGGAACCUGAAAAUCAUCACAACAACUGCCUUGUCCAACUAUCAAAUCCACAUGUAGCAACAAUGAAGGAAGAUAUUCUCUAUCAUUUCAAUCUUAGCACUAGCACGCAUGAUUUCCCAGCUAUGUUUGGAGAUGUGAAGUUUGUGUGUGUUGGUGGGAGCCCCUCCCGGAUGAACACCUUCAUCAGACAUGUGGCUGCUGAGCUGGGCCUCAACCAUCCAGGAGAUGAAUACCCCAAUAUUUGUGCAGGCACUGACCGCUAUGCCAUGUAUAAAGUUGGACCGGUGCUAUCUGUGAGUCAUGGGAUGGGCAUCCCUUCCAUUGCGAUCAUGUUGCAUGAGCUCAUCAAGAUGCUGUACCAUGCCAGAUGUUCCAAUGUCACCAUCAUCCGUAUUGGCACUUCUGGUGGAAUAGGUCUGGAGCCUGGCUCUGUGGUUAUCACCCGGCAGGCAGUGGAUGCCUGCUUCAAGCCAGAGUUUGAGCAGAUUGUCCUGGGGAAGCGGGUUGUUCGGAACACGGACAUGGAUGAGCAGUUGGUGCAGGAGUUGAUGCAGUGUUCUUCAGACCUGAAUGAAUUCACCACAGUGGUGGGAAACACCAUGUGCACCUUGGACUUCUAUGAGGGGCAAGGUCGUCUGGACGGCGCCAUCUGCUCCUACACGGAGAAGGACAAGCAGGCGUAUCUGCAAGCAGCCCAUGCUGCAGGCAUCCGGAACAUCGAGAUGGAAUCUUCAGUCUUUGCCGCCAUGUGCAGUGCAUGUGGCCUCCGAGCGGCUGUGGUGUGUGUUACCUUCCUGGACCGCCUGCAAGGGGACCAGAUCACCAGCCCCCAUGAUGUACUUGUUGAGUACCAGCAGAGGCCACAGCGACUGGUGAGCUACUUCAUCAAGAAAAGUCUGGGAAAGGUCUGAGGCCCCCUCCCUUCCCGUCGAAGGACAAACUCCUACAAUUACUGGACAAUAAAACUGUUGUCCACAAUCCUCUUCUGUGUAACUUGGAGCAUGCUUUACAUAAGUAUUAGGGAAUUGGGUUGUAGUUAGGAGGUAAGGAAUC